AUGGAUACUAAAACUAGAAAUAUCAUUCGUUGGUGUUUCGAAUGUGAAUUUUCAGGAGAGUACAAACCAAAACAUACUGCUGAUCUUAGUCAGGCCCGACAAACCUCUUCAAAAAAAACCCAAUAUCCUUGGCGAUGUAAUGCUAGUUUCAGAAAAACCGAAAGAAAAGUUUAUAUUAAUAAACUUGUUGAGAAACACAAUCAUAACCUCAUACCCCAUCAUGAGGAAUUUGCACUAUCAUUACGACAAUUACCGCAGGAUGUUUUAAAUAAAAUUAAAUUCAUGACACAAAAAUGUGAAUAUGGUGCCCGACAACAAAGACAUUAUUUAACUAACAA